UGCAGUUAGAAAAAGGCAACAUACAGCGGCACUGCACAACGUACAGACAUCUUAUAAAAAGUCAUGCCUGCCGGAUUUUUUUUCAUGCACCGUUUUAGCUCCUGAGUCCUGUUCAUUACGUUUUAAAAGAAUUUCGAGAAAACCGUUCGUCCCUUGGUGAGAUUUGUUUCCUGGCAAACUUUUUUCGGAUUUGGCGGGGAAUUUAUCGUUUGUUUUGUAUAGCUCGAAAUCUAUAUUUAUAUUUUUAAAACGCAGAGAAGGCAACGUUACAUUUCAGGAACAUGUCAAAAAAGCGUGGUUUGAGCCUUGAGGAAAAGCGCACAAGAAUGUUGGAAAUUUUCACUGAGAAAAACGAGUUUUUUCACUUAAAAGAGAUAGAAAAACUUGCCCCAAAACUGAAAGGCAUUACUCCGAUGUCUGUAAAAGAAGUAUUACAGGGUCUUGUCGAUGAUGAUCUAGUAAACUGCGAAAAAGUAGGCUCCAGCAGUUACUACUGGACAUUUUCUAGUCAAGCUCUUAACGACAGAUUAAAAAAGACAAAAAAGCUUAACGAUGAACUGCAAAAUUUUACAAAAAAAUUAGCUUCCACCAACAGAGGCCUUGCAGAAGCAGAAGAGACAAGAAAAGACUCCAAAGGCAGGGAAGAACUUCUGCAGGAACUUGCUAAACUUGAAAAAGAAAAGGCCAACCUCCAACUAGAGAUCGCAAAAUACAAAGAAUGUGACCCUGAAGUGGUAAAUGCCAUCACAGAUGAAACUCAAAUCGCCAAAGAAUCUGCAAACAGAUGGACAGACAACAUGUUUAAUCUGAAAUCUUGGAUAAAAAGAAAAUUUCCAAUUGAUGAAGCAGUUAUUAAUAAACAAUUUGAAAUACCAGAGGAACUGGAUUAUGUUGAAUAGUACUCUUAAAAAAAGUUAAAAUAUUCACUGUUAACCGCAAUUGAUAUAAUUAUGUAUUGUCCAACGCUGCAUUUUACUUGUUCUUUUGUUAUUUUAUGUUGUUUUUAUAUGUUCGUUUUUGUUCUAAUCUUUCUGUGCAUGCAGCUGAUAUCACAGAACUGCAUUGUCUGCAUAACCAAUAUAUAUAUAUAUUUCA